CCAAGGAGCUGCUGUGAGCCACAGGACAAGCACUCUGCAUUGGAGCAUCCUUCCGUGCUCUGAAACUCAAAACCAGGCACUCUCUUAACUGGUAGUGCUUUCGCUAAAGCAGCUAACUGCUGCCUGAUUUAUGAGUAAAUUGUUUCUCGUAGGAGGAAGGGCUGUUUGUUUCCAUACCCUAAAGUGCAAUACAAAGGCCAAAUCUCCACCCAAUCUCAAGACAGGUCUGAUCAACAUUAUAAAAAAACGCGAAGCUAUGCUGGAGGCAAACCAAAACGCUCCUCAGCCUCCUAGAAGACACCUCCUGACUUGUUGGGAGGAUGAAGCUCCUGGUGCUCUGUGGCUUUCUGUUUGUCUUCCUUUUGUGCCUCAGUGCCUUUACUGCAGAAGGUCGGAAUGUUAAAAAAGGCUGCUGUUUAAAACUGGCCAAAAUCAACAGAAGAGUGCAUAAAGGUUCGCGUUCCAAAAUGACUCCAAUGCAAAUAAGGAAAUGCAAGCCCUGUGCUGCACCAGGCCCUGUCUUCGCUCCCGGACCUCUUCCACAGCUAAAAUGAGCAGACGGAGCAUCUGUCUGCCCGCAUGUCCCAGUGCUUUACUUGGUUGAGGGUCCUCUUUUUGCAAAUAGUGCAUGAAUGCCUGCUACUUUGGUCAAUAUUUAUGUAUUCCCUCAGGUUUCAUCUUGUUAUCAUUAACUUGGCAGCUGAGAAGCCAGGCAGAGUUGCCUGGCUGCUACUAGACUUUAUCUGUUGCAUGUUCCUCUUAACCAAACAGGGAGUUAGCUCUGCAAGCAAGCGAAAGAAGAAGGCUGAACAAAAUGCUUUGGUUUGCAUUUCUGGAUGGGAAAAGGCUGAUGUUAUUGUUUCUGGUUAUCGCUAUAUAUACAUAUGGGUGUAUUCAACAUUUUAUCUGAGUAAUUUCUUAUUGACAAAAGGAUUCUGCUUGUAGCUAGGACAGACUUGUUCCUGCAACAUUUGUUCUCACUGCUCGAAAUCCACUCGUAAGUGGAGUUCUAGCAAGUGAAAAUGAGCUUAUGAUUUAGAAGGGGCUGAGAAGCUAGAUAAGCAGGCUGUUUUAAAAUAGUUGCAGAGGACUAGAUUCAAAUACAGUUCUAAACACUUCAGUAUCUCCUCUGGGGGACAAACUGGGCUUCAAAAGCAUGGGGGCUGUUCUUUCGCUUCCCAGAAGCAUGUCAUCAGGUGGUUAUUAAAUAUACUGAAAGGAUGUUGAGGUUAAUCAGAUUAAAUCUUCUCCUUCUGAAGCCAGAAGGCAGUUAUUCUGUUCAAGCACCUGAUCUGUGUGAUCACUUCAGUAAACAGAACUCACUGAAGUGUGAUAUUAAACAAAUGAUAUGAAUAUUGCCUGAGUGCUAAAGAGAGAAACAGAAGUUGUCUGAUGUCAUCACCACUGGAGUUUUCACUCAGGUAUCUCUUGUCCUUUUCUACCUGUCUCCUGUCUGUGCUGUUAUUUCUGUGCCUGGGGUGAGUCCUCAAACAAGAAUUGUUUGGAGGUUUAUGAGCUUGGCUUUCCCUCUAGUGAAUACAAGGUGCAUUGGAAAGCUUUUCCGCUCUUGGGCAAAUUGAAAUUUGCCAGUAGUAAUUUUACCUUCAGCAGAAGGAAAACUGCGGUUUCCCUAAGGUAAUUUCCAGGAUGAUAGAAAUGGUCUCUGUGCCCUUCAUUAAUCUGGGGUAGCUGUGUAGGGGUGGUUAGAUGCCUAUUGUAACCCACCCAGGCAGUAGUGUUUCCCCAGAGAGAAGUUAACGGGCACUCAGAUCUGGCCAUGCUCUCUUAUUGUCAACGUUUAUAUUGUGCUGAGCAAUUGCUAUUACUGCACUUUAUUGUUUUUUGAGUUCAGGUAGAUCUGACCCUCAGCUUCCUAGCUGUGAGCUGACCACACAUGGUGUUUUCAUAUCAAGGAUGAAAAGGAUCCUCUGGUCCUCGCAGGAUCUGAGCCAAGGUUGAUGGAAAAGCUGUGUUCAGUAGUUACGCUGACCACUGAGCAAACAUGGUUAGCUUUAUUUUGGUUUUGUACGUCACAAAAGGUGUCAGCAAUAGCAGUGAUGUAGUAACUGUUUUGGAUAUGACAUGUUUUCAGCUGUGGUUUUAUCUCUAAAAUGUGGCAAUGUGUUUACAGCCCCAUGCAAAGCGUUAGUAACAGCUAUGAGGGGUUGUGCUCUCUAACAACGUGAGUUAAGGCCAUUUGUUUUAUGUUUGCAAAAUGCUAUGAGAUUUUUCUUUUUGUCCUCCUAACAGCAGGAUCCACGCUCUGGUCCUUUUUCAGGCAGCGUUGUUUCUGGUAGCAAAAGAAGUUGCCCAAGACCAUCAGCAUAAUUAGAGAAAUGCUGGAGGUCUCUAGACAUCACCAAGGCACUUGGGUAUUUUUAUUCACCUGGCUUCUCAGACUAGCCUCAACCUAGGGUUAAGGGCUCUUCAAAUAUAUAAAUAUGUCAUGUCAGUGAGGCCUUGGUUUUGACUGAACAAACUAAAGCAGGACUCCUCAAGCUAUUUCAGCUCUGACUGUGAUGACUGCUGCUCAAAUAUGGUUUUUGCCUGGCCUACCAGUAUCCAAGAGGUCAUCUAUCAUCUUCCCGAAGGUGAUUCCUCACCUUGAAAUCGGACUUCUACUUCUUGAACUAUUUUCCUUAUGUGGUAGAACAGAGUUACCUCCUGAUCGCAGCUUCACCUUAUAGGCACCUGUUCUUCAUUUUGUUUCCUUUAUUUCCAUAUUUAUUUUUUUGGCUUUACCUGAGGAGAAACAUAUUUACUCAGUGGCUUUGCAAAAUCCACAGUCGGCAUGCUUACACGAAGCAAUAAAUUCAGCGUGCCCAAGCUCACACAUGCAUUUCUUUGUAUCCUGCAUUUUUGUGUGCACCUGGCUGUCAGGCAUGAAGACUGUAGAGCUUUCAAGUUCCAAUAAAGAUAUUUUUGAUGUAUCUCUAUGCCUCCCAGAAUACAUGUUGGAUCCUAGUCUGAUAUUGUCCACUUGUUCUGAGAUUAAUACCAUCAGCUGACACCAAAUUGGUCUUUUAUAUGCUACUACGGAUGUGACCCAUCAGGGGCACAGAGAAAUGGUUGCUGCUGAGAGAGGCUGUUAGAGCACAAGCAGUUUGUUGUUUUUUUCCUACAAACUCUGUACCACAAGUCUCAAAGCUACAUAUUCUUUGUACAAAUAAUAAUCUCAGAGGUGUAUUGGGGAUUCUUGCCGUUGAACCCUCAGCCGUCUUGACUCUGGCCUACACCUCAUUCGAGGGUCUGGGUGUAGCUGCUUUCAGGAUUUUAGCUCUGCAGAAGUUCUGUUAAUCCAAAGUAUGGGCUACUAUGGCAGCUUCCUAUGAUUGUAUUUUCUAAGAAAAAACAAAAUCCUGCAUAGGUAACAUCAUUAUAAAUGAUUAGUCAGGUGAAGCAUGAAAGCAGAGGCAUGACUUCUUGGUCUUGCAGAUCUGUAUGCUCUUGCUGAAGCUGAGUGGAAGGUUCUUCGUGAUUUGAGUGUUCAGAAGAUUGAGUCUAGAGACACGUUGCCUGAUCCUCUUCUGUCCAGUUUUGCUGCUAACUGACCUACCAGACAGAUACAGCAGCAUUGCCAGAUGGUGAAUGGAGAUUGAAUUCUAUCUAUGUUUGACCAAAGUUCAUUUUGAGAAGAAUCCAGCUAAAAUUUAGCUGUGACUUUCUUCUCUCCUUAGUUGAAGCUGAGAGGAAAAUUGCUUCACAAGUCAAUCUUUUUUUUUUGGCAUCAAAUGGAUGAAUUUUUCCCUCAUUAGAUCUGAGCAGUUGUCUCUGCUGUUUUCUCUGCAGAAUUAAGUAUUUGUUUAGAUGAUGGUGGGGAGAAAAAAGAGCUCCUUAGCCCUACAUUAAGUAACAUGUGCAGGCAUGUUGGUUCUGACUCGUGCGUGACUUCAGUUCCCAGCAGCAAUUCAGCAUUAUAAGGCUUCUGGUGGGCACUGGAUGACUAAGUUGCUUUCUAGCACCCAGCUGUCUCAUCAUAUUUCAUAUUUUCAUCUUGGAGUAGGUGUAUAGGCUUGGGAGAAUUUCCCCCAAAUUACUUGUGUUUUCAGUGUGUCACUGGUGAAAUCUGCUGGAAAAGUUAUCUGGAUGUGCAUUUGUCCGAGUCAUCAUUCAGCCCUUCAGCUGCCACUUUGCCUCAGAGGCCCUGCUGUGAGUGUCAUCAGGCAUAGGGGAUUUAAUUCCACAUUUUCAGGCUGGUACUCAACGAGGGAAUGACAGAGGCCAGAGAUUUGCAGUAACAUAAGCACAUUACUGUCUCAAUGCCAUCUAGUCAGCCUCUGAAAGCCUGAUCAGAGAAAUCAGGUCACUUGAUGCCUUGAGAGAUCCUAAACUGGGCACUACUUGCCUGUCUUCUUGCACGCUCCCAAAAACCUCUGCAAUUGCAAGAAGCUGUCAAACCAAGCCCAGUUGAUGUCAGGCUCAAACUGCAUGCGGCGCGUUUGCUGGAGAGCAAGUGAGUCACUGCUAGCAGUGCAGCACAGAUGCUUGCAGGAGAGGGUUUAAGCCUUGUAUGGGAGAAAUACCAGCCCAAACAUUUGAAAGCUUUUGUGCACAACGUGCCUGUUCAGCGAGUGAUUGUGAUCAAGUCUCUAAAACUAGACCACACAUGCAGCCUUCUAACAGUGUAGCUUACACAAUUGUGAUAUGCUUAACACACUCAAAGCACUAAUAGACCCUGGUUAAUAAGAUGUCCAAGUCUGAAAGCGAAACAGCAGUAGGGUUUCUCUCAGCUGACAAGCAAGGUGACACAAUGUCUGUCAGUGGCAGAAGAGAGCUGUUCUCCUCAUUUCUCCAGUGUUGUUUGGUCAUUAGCACUGAUCUCAACCCAAGGGACAAAAAGGCACAUUCCCAGGGAGUGCUAUGUGGUAAGUUGUAGCCAAUUCAUCUUCCCUUGGUUUCUGGAAAUAAGAUGUCUGUGGCAUGCUCUUAUAAUUGGAUCCUACAGCCACAGUGCACUGGAUAUUACCAUCUUUGCUAGGUGGUUUUUUGAGUCAAAACUUCCCAUUUGUCUCACUGAAGAGCCCUAUGUCAUAGUCAGUGCUGGCUAUGCGGUGUGCUCACUGAGCAGAGCUAAAACUUGUUUGCAUCUGCCUGGCAAGAAAGAUGAUUUCAUGCAAAAACAGUGUGAAGAAGUCCAUCUGAUCAGAGAAGCAAUCAGAUGUUUUGAAACAAGUUUCUGAAUGGGAUGGAUAUUCAGUAGGGUCCACAAGUGCCUCUAUAAAACAUUCCCUUCAACUUAAGAACCUUUCAGUUGCUAACUUUUGAUUAUAUGGGAAACAAUGAAUAAUGGUUGUUGUCACUGGGUUCUUGUCUUGAAGUUGUUUGAUUGUACUAAGGUUAAACAAACAAGCAUUUUCCUUUGUCUUGGUUAAGUAUAUACUUAGGCUGCUUGCUUCUGUGAAAGCAUUUGGAUGAGUGGAUGAUGAGAUGAAACAGAAAAUACCUGAGCUCAAGUUAUGUCUGGGAAAGGAUUACAUACGUGGUUAAUAUUAAUAAUAUUAAUAUGGCCUUGUAAUUUCCACCUUUGAUGUUUGAAAUCCCCCAUAUUUCUAUUGAGUUAGGUGAAGACUGACUAGAUUGGAGAAAAGAUCCUGAAGUCUGAGAAGUGAAAUCCAUUCAGUUCUCAAAUUGGCACCUGUAGUUGAGAUUCUCACUAUAUAGUCCUAUCAAAUCUACUAACGGGUUGUUAAAAAAAAAAAAAAAGAGAGAGAGAGAAAAAUUCAAUAACUGUGGUACUUUGAGAUAAAGUACUUAAAGGUGUGUGAGGCGAAGAGCCUGUCUGUGGGCUUUAUCCAGUGUAAACAGCUUGCUUUGAAAAUCAUGAAAACUAGUGUAUUUAGAGGACUGUUGACUGCGUAGAAAUUUCUCCAGUGGCAGUUACCAAAAGUUUAUGUGGGAACAGAGUGAUAGUCCCAUGUGUUUUUGAGGUAAGGUAAAUUACUUCAAAGCCAAGUUUUUAGAUCUCGUGUUAUGGAUAGAAAAAUUAUUGAAAUGUAUCUUGCAUUCAGAACUUUCAGAUUAAGGAUGAACUUUGGUGUAAGGAUUGCCUCUCAUUACAGCAAUCCAAGGUGAAGACUGAGGUGUUCUCCAGCCAGUUAGAUCUUCAAAAUCCUAACAAGUUACCUGCAGCACCAUUUCUUCAAGUAUCAUAAACACCCUAUAGCAGGCUGUAAUGAGGAAGAACCACAUCUGAGAUGAAGCAGUGGGAAUUGUUGCUUCAUCCCAGGAAUUCCCCGAACCUACUCCAUGACCACCUACUGCUAAUGACUGUAAUUUGUGUUCAGGCAAAUUAUGCCCCCUAUUUCUUCGAUAAUGGAGCCAGGAGCACAAAUGGGAACAUGGCACUCCUCAGCCUUUCCGAGGACACACCAGUUGGUGCCCACGUUUAUACUCUGAAUGGAACUGAUCCGGAAGGAGAUCCUGUGACGUACGGCCUGACCUACGAGGCUGGAUCCAGGCGCUACUUUUCUGUUGAUGGGAACCUUGGAAACGUGACGCUGAUUGAGGAACUUGACAGAGAGAAAGAAGAUGAGAUUGAAGUUGUUGUCAGUAUUUCAGAUGGCCUGAGUACAGUUUCAGAGAAAGUGAGGAUCCUUGUAACAGAUGCUAAUGAUGAGAGCCCAGAGUUCAUCAAUACACCUUACAUAGUCCAAGUCCCAGAGAACUCUCCUUCUGGCAGCAGUAUCUUUAAGAUUGAGGCAGUUGACAGAGACACCGGUUCUGGAGGAAGUAUCACCUACUUCUUGCAGAACAUCCAUGCUAAUAAGUUUACAAUAGACCGUCACAGCGGCGUCCUGCGCAUCAAAUCGGGGAUCACCCUGGACUACGAGAAGUCAAGAACGCAUUUUGUUGUCGUGGUAGCCAAGGAUGGCGGUGGGAAGCUGAGGGGAGACAACAAAGUGUUCUCAGCCACAACAACUGUCACCAUCAACGUGGAGGAUGUUCAGGACACUCCUCCCAUGUUCAUUGGGACUCCCUACUAUGGAUACGUCUAUGAGGAUACGCUUGCAGGCUCUGAGGUCCUCACUGUUGUUGCACUUGAUGGAGACAGAGGAAAGCCAAACAGUAUUCAUUACUCCAUCGUGAAUGGAAGUGAAGGUUCUUUUGAAAUCAGCAACAUCACCGGAGCCAUUUCUGUUAUAAAAAGUCCAAAUCAGCUCAAGAAAGAAGUGUAUGAACUAAGAGUUCAGGCAUCAGAAGUCAGCCCAGAAGGGGAUGUCUCAGCAUACGCCUUUGCCAUGGUGACUAUAAGGGUGGUUGACCUCAACAACCAUCCGCCGACAUUUUAUGGAGAAAGCGGUCCCCAGAACAGAUUUGAACUGACCAUGUACGAGCAUCCCCCAGAGGGUGAAAUCUUGAGAGGGCUGAAGAUUACUGUCAAUGAUUCAGAUCAGGGAGCCAACGCUAAAUUCAACCUCCGUCUUGUUGGACCCGGUGGCAUUUUUCGAGUCGUUCCCCAGACGGUCCUGAAUGAGGCUCAGGUUACAAUAAUAGUGGAAAAUUCUGCUGCUAUUGACUAUGAAAAAUUCAAGGUCUUAACCUUUAAGCUUCUUGCAAUAGAGGUGAACACACCAGAGAAAUUCAGCUCAACAGCUGAUGUAGCGAUACGCCUGCUGGAUACCAAUGACAAUGUCCCAAAGUUCUCCUCUGAUUACUACAUUGCCAGGAUCCCUGAGAACUCUCCAGGGGGCUCAAAUGUAGUUGCUGUAACUGCUACAGACCCAGACUCUGGGCUUUGGGGAGAAGUCAAGUACUCUAUCUAUGGAACGGGAGCAGAUCUGUUCCUAAUCCACCCAUCGACGGGUAUAAUCUACACCCAACCCUGGGCUGUAUUAGAUGCUGAAGUGAACUCAAAGUAUAAUUUCUACGUGAAAGCAGAGGACACAGAUGGGAAAUACAGCUUGGCUGAAGUGUUUAUCACUGUGCUAGAUGUCAAUGACCACUCUCCAGAAUUCAAUGAAAACAUCCAGGAAAAGACGAUGAUCAUCGGGUCACCAGUGAAGAUAGAGGCUAUAGAUCAAGAUGCAGAAGAACCAAACAACAUUGUGGAUUAUUCCAUCAUGCAAGCAGAUCCAGCCAAUGUGUUUGAUAUAGACCAAAGCACGGGGGAAAUCAAGCUGAAGUCCUAUAUCCGUUCCCUGGACAUCAUCCACAACAUUACAAAGAACAAAGACUGCAUAUGGUCAUUGGUGGUGCAGGCCAAAGACCGAGGCUCCCCAUCCUUCAGUACCACAGCAGUUCUGAAGAUUGAUAUCACAGAGGAGACUCUUCACAAAGGGCCUAUGGCCGCCUUUUUGAUGCAAACUAAAGAUAACCCCAUGAAAGCCUUAGGAGUGCUAGCUGGUGUCAUGGGCAUAAUGGUGCUGAUAACUAUCAUGAUCUCUACUGCCAUGUUCUGGCGCAAUAAGCGGUCCAACAAAAUCAUGCCGGUAAGAAGGAUCAUAAAAAAGAGACAGACCCAGCCGUCCCGCACGGUGAGGAUGGAGUGGCUGAAGUUCAAGAGGCCUAGUAAUGCUGCGGAGAAGUUUGUCGUUGAGGACGAUGCCAAGAGCCUGCAGAACGAGAACAGCAACAACAACGUCCAAGCAGCCCCCGUGCCCCCAGCCGCUCCCUUGCCCCCGCCGCCCCCCACCCUGGCCGCCAGUGGGAACACCGCAGUGUGGCGGGUGCCAACUGUGUCCGGCUCCCUCACUCCCAAGUUCAUCAACAAGCAGCUGAAGAAGAGAGGUCAUAGCAGUGCACACAACGCCCUGGUGUCAGAGCUCAAAAUGAAGUUUGAGAAGAGAAAUGCAGCUAUGGGUGAGCCACACAUCUAGGCCAUGUCUAGGUGCUCUUGGCAGCCCCGGAGACUGUGGGUUGCGGCUGCACGUGGGUAUGUUAUAUGCCGUGGUCUUCCCUGUCUGUCAAUACCCGUGAACUGAGAGCAGCUUCUCACUGUGAUAGCCAUCCCUCACCUUCCAGAAAUAUUAUGUGCUGUGGAGUCGCCCCACCUGUAUCAAAUGUUGUGAUCUGUUCCCAGUUAGGACUGCAGUUCCUUCAUUCCAUAUCCCAGAGCUUGUUCCACCCUGCAGCUGUCUAACCAGGGUGCUCCGUAUGCUCUUGCGCCAACCAGAGCCUCCCAAAGUGAGCAGGUCUUUGGGCUGCCCCUGUUCCAGAGACCCUUAGUCAGCACUCUGCAGAUGUCACUUCUGAUCAGGUCUGGUAGGUGGAGCUGAGGCAUUCAAAAACCCUUCACUUCAAAACCCAUAACCAGUUCAGAAGGCAUUGUUCUGGCUGUGGCAGCAGGGGCAGUGUGCAGGUCUCCUUCUGCACCAGCUCACAGAACACUGAGAGCAAGCUGUGUGCAGGUGAGACCUGUCUUCAGGCAUGAUGUGCAGUACAGCAGCUGGUGGAAUAAUGUGCUAAUGGCAACAGCACCCUUCAUCCUGUGUGCAGGCUUGGAAAAGUUCUUUGUUUUCCUGCAGAUUAUGCUGGGUUUUGCCAGAGCACAUUGGCAUGAUCCCUCUGCCCCAAGAUUGUCAGCUAACCUGAGGAUGGGAGGACAGCUGGGGCAGGAUACAAGCACAAGAAUUCAGUAGUAGUGCUCACCUGAUACAGCCUCCUUCUGAUCACAUACCCAAAUGAGAGGCAAGCCGGCAGGAGAAGGAUGUGAUUAAAGCAGUGGGGAAAAUAAGGUAAAACCGAAAGAAAAAUUAUAUUGGAAAAAUAGAAACAAAGUACUGGAAAGUCAUACGUAUCGGUCAGGGAAAGAUAAUUUGGUUCUGUAUAAUGCUAGCAGGGGGCUUGGAGAACAGAUUUCAUCAUCCCUACCAGCUUGCUCCAGGGACUGGAGAGUGUAACAGGAGGUUCCAUAAAACAUUCUGGUUUGUACUACCAGCAUUUUGCCUGAAUAAUGCAACAGAUAACUGGAAAGACUUU